UCAUAUUCAUAUUCUUCUUUCUAAGUUCUUGCCCAAAAUAAUAUAUAUUCUUCUUUGGAGCAGCAAAGAGAAAGAAAAAUAAACAAAGUGACACAGUUUUUGCAGGUCGAAUUUUCCUAUGAAUGAUUGGCAGUUUCUGCAUUGAGAGAGCAACUAGAGGCUCUUCUUACCUCAGAACCUUUUUCAGUAGCUGUUCGAGGGGAGUUAUAGCGAACUAUAAUUCAUCUAGCUGACGCAUGCAGUAGUGGAGGAGAAACUGUAAGCCUAGAGGGAUAGAAAAAUAAGUAGUCAUGAAGUUUAUGAAACUAGGAUCUCGUCCAGAUACCUUCUACACCACAGAAGCUGUAAGAUCAGUCUCUUCUGAAGUUUCCAACGACCUCAUAAUUCAAGUGAAAGAAAGUAGAUAUCUUCUUCACAAGUUUCCCCUGCUGUCUAAAUGCCUGCGCCUACAAAGGUUAUGCUCAGAAUCACCGGAUUCUUCGCCUCAUCAGAUAGUUCAGCUCCCUGAUUUUCCUGGCGGAGUGGAGGCAUUCGAACUGUGUGCUAAGUUCUGUUAUGGCAUUACCAUCACUCUUAGUGCUUACAACAUUGUAGCUGCUCGAUGUGCUGCUGAAUACUUACAGAUGACAGAAGAUGUGGAGAAGGGGAACUUAAUAUAUAAGCUUGAGGUUUUCUUCAAUUCUUGUAUUCUUCAUGGUUGGAAGGAUUCUAUUAUGACUCUACAGAGCACCAAAGCUUUGCCUUUGUGGUCUGAGGACUUAUCAAUUACAAGCAGAUGUAUUGAAGCCAUUGCCUCUAAGGUUUGGAGUCACCCCUCAAAGGUAAGUUUGUCUCAUAGUCACUCUCGAAGGGUCAGGGACGACAUAUCUUGCAAUGGAAGCGAAAGUCAGAGACAUAAAUCAGCAAGUAAAGGAUGGUGGGCGGAGGAUUUAGCAGAACUGAGCAUAGACCUCUACUGGAGGACCAUGAUAGCAAUCAAAUCUGGUUGCAAGAUGCCCUCAAAUAUCAUAGGAGAUGCAUUGAAAAUUUAUGCUUCUCGUUGGCUUCCUAACAUCUCAAGAACAUCACAAUCCAAUAGGAAAGUUGCUUCUGACUCUGAUUCAGACUCGGCAAGUGAAAUAACCUCAAAGCAUCGUUUGCUUUUGGAAACAAUAGCAAGCUUGCUUCCAGCAGAGAAAGGGGCUGUCUCUUGUAGUUUCCUUCUUAAACUCUUGAAAGCAGCCACCAUCCUCAAUGCUUCUUCCUCUUCAAAAAUGGAGUUAGCUAGAAGAGUAGGACUUCAGUUGGAGGAAGCUACAGUGAAUGAUCUUUUAAUACCUUCACUGUCUUACACCAAUGACAUGCUGUAUGAUGUUGAGUUGGUGAUGACUAUACUGGAACAAUUCAGGUUACAAGGUCAGAGUCCCCCGACCAGCCCACCAAGAUCCAGGCUGGCAGUUGAGAGAAGGAGGUCACGUUCAGCUGAAAAUAUUGAUUUUGAAUUCCAGGAGAGUAGAAGGUCAUCUUCAGCAUCUCAUAGCUCAAAAUUGAAGGUGGCAAAGCUAGUGGAUAGGUAUCUCCAAGAGGUUUCUAAGGACGUGAAUUUGCCCAUGUCCAAGUUCAUUGCUCUUGCUGAGGCUAUACCAGACUUUGCCAGACAUGAUCAUGAUGAUCUCUACAAAGCCAUUGACAUUUAUCUCAAGGCUCAUCCACAACUCAACAAAAGCGAAAGGAAAAGGCUAUGCAGAAUCCUUGACUGCAAAAAACUGUCCAUGGAAGCUUGCAUGCAUGCAGCACAGAACGAACUUCUCCCCUUGAGGGUCGUAGUCCAAGUACUCUUCUUUGAGCAAGCGAGAGCUGCAGCAGCUGGUGGCAAAGUGACAGACUUGCCAAGCAAUCUCAGGGCACUACUUACGACACAUGGCUUUGACCCAUUAAAACACACUGGUCCAUUGAGCACAACAACAAGCAUACAUGCAGAUGAUCAAUGGAGUGUUUCUGGCCUCAAGUCACCUAGGUCUAGGAGUUCAACUCUCAGGAUGAAGCUUGCAGAGGACAAUGGCUUCGACGAACACGGUGUUACCCGCAAUGGAAUUGAGAGAAGUUCUAAGCCCAAGGCUAUCCGUGGUCUUCCAAAUCAACCCAAAAGAAUGUUAAGUAAGUUGUGGCCCACCAAUAGAGGCACUAGUGAAAAGAAUUGAGUGAGUUUUCUUCUUUCUUUCCACCGCAAAAUGCAUUGUAACUUUUCUAGGAGAAUCAGAGAAUCCAACUGUGCAUUGUUGAUGUAAUCUAUUAUAAUAAGAAACGAGAUUUUUCUCGUCAUGAGAGGAAAUCUCCUUGGCAAGUUACGUGUUUGAAAAAGCUGUUAUAGGAAUCUCUGGCUAAAUUAGUGACUGCUCGUGGGGCCAAUUUUGCUGUGUUUUGUCUUCCAAUCUGCAACACACGUCUCUGUUCAUCUGUGUUAGAGCUCCUUAUGUUGGGCUCAGACUUUGUUGACAUAUAUUCUAUAUUUCACGUGUCCGGCAUCAUUCAA